CAUAGACACUCGCGCACCCGUGGCAGAAAGCUGAAGCGCAUCGCAGAAGCCGAAAAAAGUCGUUUUUCCCGCUUCCCGCGCUUGAACUGGAGCACGUUUGUUUUUAAAAUGUCCGCCUCCGGGAGUUCUAACGUGAGAGGCCCUUCGCAACCGGACCGUAUAAACGCUGCCUUGAGUAGAUACCCGUUGGAGAGAAGAUGUGGAGAACUUGCAAUACUACUUCAAGAACUCUCUCUGAAGGAGAUAGAGCAGUAUCUCCCAAAUAUCGUCGAGCACAUAUUUGGGUUCAACUGCCAAGUCGGAUGGGGCCUGUGUUCCCUGUUGCGGGCUUCGCAGAAUUGCGACUUCUCCGCCGUACGACAAUUCCUCGGACCCGAGGGACCCCUGCUGCGUAUCGUGUACAGGCUGCUGGGCAACAAUGCCAUCAAAUUUGAGUUUCCAGUCAGCUGCCUUCCGAUUGCAACGCAGAAGUCGCUUCGUGAAGGAUCCGUUCCGCCGCUCUACGCGAACAAGGUCUAUCCCUACGGAUGCCAAGCGACGAUUGUCCAACUCAAUGCCUUUGAAUACUACAUGUUUAACUUCGCAUACCACAUUGUCAAUCCAGCACAGAGCAAGCAACACUCCUAUGAAAGAACAAACACGUCUGAUGCCCUGUAUUUCAUCCUCUUGGAAGAUUACCUCCGCUACUUUCUUCCCACGGACAGGGGUAGUUAUCCGACACUUCCGAGUCACUUCUGUGACUCUUCACCACCAUCCAGUCCUUUCUAUUCAAGCAACGACUCCUCCUAUGGUGCUCGGUCCGUGCUUGGGUCUUCGAGCGUGCUUAAUGCAUCGCCUCACGAACGGACUCCUCAGCGCAGAAGUCUGUUGAAGAAAAACAUCAACUUGAGCUUCUCGUCGCCAUGUGUCUCACCAAACGUGUGCGAUUACGGGAGCCCUCAGCGACCUUCGAGCGGAGAAUCUUGGUGCUCGGAGCUGUUCAUUGCAGUGCUGGUGGAGUUCUGGCUCGGGCGUCAUGCUGCAAAGGACCCUCCAACUUCAUUUGCUUCUGGGAUGGCAUCCUUGGAUAGCUACGACCCCAGCCACGACCACAUGAAGACCGUGCGCGUGCUCAUCAAGUACCUGCACUUCUUUGCAAAUCACGCACCAUCAGUUUCCUCCCAUCCUGGAUCAUUUUAUGCCUCUACUGCACAGUAUCCGCUGGACGAUCUUAGGAGUAAGGUGAUACCCCAGUUUGUUCGAAAGAAACUCUACGUUUUCUUGAAGCAGGCUUUGACGUCGUGGCCUUUGGAUGCUUCUUUCAGAUUGCCGCUGGAAACUUGGCUAAGUUUUAUCCAGCCGUGGAGGUAUGCAGCCUCGUUUGAAGAAAACCAUCAUGAGAAGGAUGAUCGGACAGCUGAUUCCAAAUGGCAACCUUUCAUACAGGAGAACUUGCUCUUCUACACCGGGCUUUUUAAUGUCCUUCUGCCGCGGUUCUUUCACAUGGAUCUCUCUAGUCGAAGGAAUUCUCUGGUACUCUACAGAGUCACAAAGGUAUUGUCACAAGCGCAGCUCGUCGACAUGGUGGUAGAAGUUGAGAGGAGCAUGGGAGGUCUCAACACGCUGGAACUUACGACUUCGCCGUCGAGCACCCUGCUCAGGAAAGCGGUGAGCGCAAGUACCGUGAAUGCCGUCCGGCAGCAAACAGCGGAGCUUGAGGAACCUGGCUACGUCUACAAGGCGAUGUUCAGUGAAGAAGUGCGAUUGAAGGUAAACGACCUCCUUAAGUUGAUAGCACAGGCCCAGAUGACAUUGGGACGGGAGCAAGCAUUGCACGAACCCAAAGCUCAAGGUUGGUGGGCCAGUGUGACGUCUCUGUUUGAUGGAAGGCAAGAAGACGAAGCUGCAGACUUGAAAAGGGGACUUCAGUACCUGCAGCUGGCCUCCAGGGAUCUUUGCCGUCUUUUCAAGCUUCAACCUCCAUCGGUAGCGCCUGCAGCUGCACCGGGUCGGACCUCCUUGUCCAUGGAGUCGCCACGUCCAACUUCGUCUGGGCUGUUAUCGAACCUGAGUUUGUUGGAACGCACAUUGGAGAAGAUGGGUCCACAAAAGCAUUUUGAAAUCCGGUAUCAAGGGAACCCGGAUACGCAGCCCAUACGAAGCUACGAGAUUGCAUUUUUGGUUCGGAUUCUGCAUCUUCUGUCUUCUUACAUCAACGAUAAGUACGCCAUCGAACUCCAGGCGGUCUACCACGGGGACGACCUGGUGAGCCACAUGGCAAGGCAAGUGCUCGAGCCACCCACGUCAUACACUAAGGUCAUCAAGACAGGUACAAUAGCCACGGCAGUUCGCGAGAGGCACCAGCUUCCAGCUCGACUCUGUCUUCGACCUUUGGCGAACCAGCAAGUCGUUGGCUAUUUGGGUGCCCUGCUCUUUCUGAGUUACAUUUUUGAUUUUGCGCCCCUGCUUUCACUGACAGUCCUGUUGCUCAUCUGGUUCGCAGUGAUACUGUUCCGUGCUCUCGUACGUAAAUACGUAAAAUACGGGUGCGGUACGCAGCUCAGCGCCAUCCCUUCUUAACCUACGUGAAGACGUACGGUAAGGUACGUUGGAGAAUUCGUGCACAAACUGUAAGCACACUGGUGGAUAGGAGCUGUUCUCGACAAUGUUUUUAUAAUUGUAUUAUAUCCAGGAGUGUAAUGCAAACGAAACAAAAUUGCAUAAUUGCAUGCAGUCUCUCUGCCUUGCAGCUUCAAGCAUUGUACAUAUAGAGCCGCGGUAUUUUUUAGAAACAAACUGCGUGGUUUUGCAAAAUAUGAGGAUGGCAGGACUGGGCAGCAUGUGUUGAACUGUUUAUUGUAUGUAGUAACAGACUUUUCUACAGACA